UCGAUUUAAAGUCAUUCAGGAGCUCGUCGUGGCUAGUGGUUGAUUUGUACUGCGAAUAAAUCGAAUAAAAUAUCAAUUAAAAAAAGAGUGAAAAGUGUAAUUCAACGAAAAAUCUCAAUUUUAUAGAUUAUUGUUUAAAGUGAAAAGCAAAUAUAUUAACAUGGAUUCGUGCAACAAGUGUCCCGCAAGUGGAUGUUCCUCAACUGAAAACUCGUCGUUGGCUGAAAAGAAAUUCGAAAUUAAGGGAAAACGGUUUGGGCGAGGUGCCGUUCAGUCGGGACUUACGCACGAAUGUGGCGUUUUCGGUGCCAUCGGUACAGGUGAAUGGCCUACGGAGCUAGAUAUUGCGCAAUCUAUCACGCUGGGCUUGGUGGCCUUGCAACAUCGUGGACAGGAAUCCGCGGGAAUUGUCACGUCAGAGGGAAAAUGCGCGAAACACUUUAACGUGCACAAAGGCAUGGGAAUGAUCAACAAUAUUUUCAACGAGGAAGCCAUCCGGAAGUUGAAGGGAAAUUUGGGAAUUGGUCACACGCGUUAUUCGACGUCGGCGGCAUCGGAAGAGGUCAAUUGUCAACCCUUUGUGGUCCAUACGGCACAUGGAGUACUUGCUCUUGCGCACAACGGAGAGUUGGUGAACUGUGAAAGUUUGAGAAAACAGGUACUUGCACGUGGAGUCGGCUUAUCAACUCACAGCGACUCAGAAUUGAUAACGCAAGCGUUAUGUUUGAAUCCACCAGAAGGAGAAGUAAAUGGACCAGAUUGGCCUGCACGCAUUCGUCAUCUUAUGACGCUCGCUCCCUUAUCGUAUUCCUUGGUAAUCAUGUUGAAGGACAGAAUUUACGGCGUUCGUGACCCCUACGGAAAUCGUCCUUUGUGCUUGGGAAAAAUCGUGCCUCUGAAGAAAUCCGGCAAAUAUUCCAACGGCACAUCGCACACAAAUGGCAGCUCGAAUGGGCAUCAAAACGGUCAAAAUGGACACGACAUUAACGAUGACGAUGCCGAAGGUUGGGUCGUUUCGAGCGAAAGUUGCGGCUUUUUGUCGAUUGGCGCUCGUUACGUUCGCGAAGUUUUGCCCGGAGAAAUUAUCGAAAUGACACGAGAUGGCGUUCGCACUGUUGACAUCGUUGAACGUCCCGAGAACAAAAAACAAGCUUUCUGCAUUUUCGAGUACGUUUAUUUCGCACGCAGUGACAGCAUCUUCGAGGGACAAAUGGUUUACUCGGUUCGCAUGAAUUGCGGUCGGCAGUUGGCACGUGAAGCUCUCGUCGAUGCCGAUAUCGUUAGUUCCGUGCCGGAAUCAGGAACUGCAGCAGCUCAUGGAUAUGCGCGUGAAAGUGGAUUGCCCUUCGCGGAAGUUUUGUGCAAAAAUCGGUAUGUGGGACGUACCUUCAUUCAGCCGUCAGCGCGUUUGAGACAACUUGGCGUCGCGAAAAAGUUCGGAGCUUUGUCGGAAAAUGUCGAGGGAAAGCGUUUAAUUUUGAUUGAUGACUCGAUCGUUAGAGGAAACACAAUUGGACCGAUUAUUAAGUUGCUGCGAGAUGCCGGAGCACGAGAAGUUCACAUUCGUAUUGCCAGUCCGCCACUUUUGUAUCCUUGCUACAUGGGUAUUAAUAUUCCGACGAGACAGGAACUCAUCGCUAAUCGACUUGAUAACAAACAACUAGCGGAAUAUGUUGGUGCCGACAGUUUAGAAUAUCUCAGUGUCGAUGGUCUCGUAAAAGCCGUCCAGCAAAACAUGAAGAUCAAAGAUGCAUCGCAAGCUGGUCAUUGCACAGCCUGUCUCACCGGCGAAUAUCCCGGAGGUCUUCCAGAGGACUUGGAUUGGUAGAAAAGCGAAAAUUAAUAUUUAAAAAAAAAUCAAAUGCAAUCAAAAAAUUAUGUUUAAUUAUUAUUUUAUAUUAUUAGAAGUAGUUUUCUUUUAUUAAGUUUAAGGGAAUCUCUGAAUCUUGAAAUUUAUUCGACAAAAAAAAACCGAGUAAAUGCUCUUUAAUUGUAUAAUUUUUUAUACCAAUCUAAAAAAAAACGUUGUAAGAAGUAAUAAAAUAAAUUUAUUUAAUAAAAUAAUUUUUUUUCAUCGUCUAACCUUGUCGGGCAGCUUGGAGAUAAGAGUGAAAUAAAAAGAUGAGAGAUAUUAUAAAUAAACAUGAAGCUUAUGACGAAGUACGAUCAGGGAUGAAAAAAUUUUUUUUUUUUUUUUUUUUUUUUUUGAAAAAAUUGAGUUUACAUUUUUAAAUAAUUU